AUAACAUAUCCAUUUUCUUUUUAUUUCUAUCCUAAAGGGAGAAAAGCAAAGAAAAACUGUCUAUCUUUUAACAUGCGAGAUCUACGGAAAAACAAAAUUACGUAAUCAUUUACGUCACAAAAUAAAUUGUUUACAACAUUGAAUGCGCUUUGUUUACCGUUGAAACUGUGCUGGUUCCUUAAUUGAAUGCCUUAUAGAUUUGCUAAUUAUCCAAUUUUAUUUCCUACUGUCCGGUAAAGGGUAUAAAAAGAGAGUCUAUUAGUCAGUAAAUCACAAAAAAGUUUUCGAAACAAAAACUACGACGACAAAUUCAGAGAGAAGGACUUUCAAACGUACACAUAUCUGGUCAAAAUGGUGUUUUCUUUGAAUACAUUUUCUUCCAUCAAGAUACUCGUGGUACUAAUAGUGGUUCUGGUGCAGCUUUGCCACGGAAACCCCGUAGUACAACCAAACCAGGUAUCAACUUCUACCAACGACACCAUCACCACCCACGACAUCCCAAGCGACCAAGACCCAAAAACCAUUCUCAAGGUGAUCAGCCUCGGGAUACAUUCGGCUCCUAGUCGCCAAAGCCGAGGAGCCUCCGACGAUUGCACGAAUGGAACAAAGUACAUUUCUGUCCACGGUGGAAAGUACUGGGUUAAGAGAGCAGUGUGUAAGAAUGGAUGCAAGGAGAAAAAGGUCGCUUACAAACUUGGCGACGGUAUUUACGAGUGUGCUGUCGUAACAGCUGACUGCUACUAGGAGAGAAGACCUCUUCCUUUUCAGGAAUCGACUACUUGAACGACAUCUGAAUACAAAAUAUGAUCAACAAAAACUCUGACUGAAAUAUGGAACUUUUUCGAGCUUUGUAUGUGUGGGCACCUCCCUGGUGUACAGUGCAGACAUAUACAUUUUUGUUAACGUAAAAACAAAACGGUGCGCUCUUUUAUACUUUAUUUUAUGUGAAUUAAGUAUAAUAGACAAGUUUUUUUCCGUGUUUUUCAUUUUGAUGUGUUUAUACUUGACAACACUCUCAUAGACAAAAGGGUACAUUUCUCAGGGAUUUCUGCACGUAAAAAACUAAUAUAUUAUAUGUUAUUAUAUCAUAUAUGCAUAGGAUAUACGAUUCUGUAAGGAUCAAGUUUAUGAGCUCUUGUUAUACGAGUUGCACAUAUUAAAAGAGGAAAAAUCU